AUGCCCAAGUCCCUCAGCAAGGUCAUCUACAAGCCCGAUUCUCAGUCGACCGAUGAGUACCAUGUCAUCGUGAACCCCGAGGAGUACAAGAAAUGGAAAGAAGGAGGUAAGCACAUUACGAUACCCCUCGUGGAAGUCGUGGACUCAUUCCACAUAUUCUUCACGAACCAAGGCUCGCAGGGCAAGCUUGGCCAAGCAUCACAUCAACAACUCGAAGACACGUUCGGCUCCAGCAAGGACGUUGAUGCCGUGAAAGCGUUGCUCGAGAAGGGUACCUUGCAAGCGGUAAGAGAUUUUGCUUGCACUCCUGUUAUUGCGAUGUUGAAACAGUCACAGGCGUCUGCGAUCGAAGGUGGUCGUGGUUCUUCCGCACUCAACGACGCUCACGGAACCAAGACCAUCGAUACUCGUGGAAACCCUCGGUCGUCUGGUAUCUGA